UCGAUAGUACGCUCAAAACAAGACGCAUGUUAAAUUUCUGUGCAGUGAAAAGGACCUUCGCAGUCAUUAAAAGUGCAAUUAGUGUUUGUGUUUAAUGCACGGUCUGUGAUUGUGUUGUACAAUGUUUAGUUUCAGCAAACCAACGCCACCAAAGCGUGAACGAACGCGAAAUCCUGCGGAGUUUGGAAUAUUCGGACUAUCGAACGACGUCUCAGGUCUUGGCGAUGAUGUAGAUGAUGCAAGUGAUCCAGAUGACGAUGCUUUAGAAGCAGAACUGGCUGCCAUUACGGCUGGAAUGGGUGGCGUUCGAAAGCCGAAACCAAAAACAAAUCAGAAAGGAAUUGUGGCACCACAAGAGUUGGAUGCUAUGGUUGCGGCUAGUUUGCGAGACGUCGGUAGCGACGAAGAUGCGUCCGAUGAUGACGACGAUGACUCGGAUUUGAUGAACGAACUGUCAGCAAUUACGGGAGGCACGGUCGAAUAUGAAGACAAUCGGUCUGAAGAGGAUGUUGCAAAGUCUAAACCUCCUGCAGCUGCUCCAAGGAAAAGUUCAUCGAAUGAGGAAUUGGUUGCUCUUCUUAAAACACGUGUGGCAAUGUAUACACAGGCCGAAGAGGGUGCUAAGAAAGCGGGAGAUUCCGGCAAAGCUAGACGGUUUAAUCGUGGGCUUAAAACACUCAAAGACCAAUUGCGAUUGGCCGAAGCUGGAAAAGCAGUCGAUCAAAGUGAAAUACCUCCGGAAGUGAGCGUAAAAUUAGCAGCACCAUCAAAAGAUGCUACGGAUGAUACAUCAAAGCCUGCUACUGCUCCUGUUCGUCCAGCGCCUCCACCUCCAUCAACGGUCACUCCUACUCCAGAUGAGCCAGGACCCUCCCGAUCGGCCCCACCUGUGCCACCAAGGCGUGAGGUAAAGCCACCACCGAUGCCCGCUCCGUUAUUGCAAGAUACGGCUGCGAAGGGAAAUCCUAAGCUAACCCUGCUGAAUGAGAGAAAGCAACUCUACAAGCAAGCAGCACUAAAUGCGAAAAAAGCAGGAAAUAACGAACAAGCGAUGGCGUACGUAAAGGUUCUGAAACAGUUCGAUGUGGUAAUUCGUGCCGUGGAGAACGGUGAGGAGGUAGAUCUUAGUAGAAUGCCACCGCCACCCAGUGAGUUUAACACCGCGCAGACUAGCCAACCAGCAGUGCCUUCCGAUAGUAAAGCGAAACAAGACGAAAAGAUGCAGAAGGAAGCGGAAGUACCAUCACCAUCCGUUUCUACUACGAAUACAGAACAACCGGCUGAAGAAGAAGAAGAGGAAGAGGAAAACUUAAUUCAAGCUUCCAGUGUAAUGGAAGCACUUGAACAGCGAUUGGAAAAGUAUAUAUCCGUCGAACAGGCGGCAAAAGAUGAGGGCAACAGUUCGAAAGCCCGUCGAAUGGGAAGAAUCGUGAAGCAAUAUCAAGACGCGAUAAAGAUGCAUAAGGCUGGGAAACCGAUUCCCAUCGAUGAGUUGCCGACUCCUCCGGGCUAUGGGCCAAUACCAGUCGACGGGCCUCCGAAGCCUCCGGUACCAGUUGUGGCUAAAAAACCUGCUCCUUCUAUACCGCAGAAACCUCAAGUUGCAUCGCCGCUAGUACCGGCAGCAGAGUCAGUGCCAGGAUCCAGUAAGAGCUCACCGAAAUCAGCUACUCUGUUCGAUAAACAGUUAAACCUUUUACUCGAACGUCACCGUGAAUACAAGCAGGCAGCUAUCGAAGCGAAAAAAGCGGGCGAUCUGGACGAAGCGAAGGAAUGUUUGCGAGUAUUUAAGGGGCUGGAAAAGCUGAUAGAGGUAGCGCGUGCUGGUGGUAGGGUAGAUUUGACAACGGUUCCGAUUGCGCCCUCGAAACGGAACGCACUCGAGGCCUCCUUCACUAUCGUGAACUCCGAGGACUGUGAUCAGGUGGGGGGAGAUAAUGAGCAAACUGGUGCCGAUCAGGGCGAUGAGGGUGAGACACGCAUACGGCUGGAGGAGCAACUAUCGAAGCAGUUGAUAAUUUGCCGGAAUACUCGUGAUCAUCAUCGUGCAAUGGGAGAUAUUGCGGGAAUGAACAAAUUUGAAAAUCUCGCCCUCAACGUACAGAAAGAUCUCGAUCUGGUGCGACUGAUUCACCGGCAGGGUUUACCGCUGCCAAAGUUCCACUAUGAAAAGUUGCAAUUUAAUGUGGUGAAAUGCCACACGGAUCUGUCGGAUAAUGAGGUCGAGAUAUGUGUGGUGCGCGGAAUCAAUUAUAACGUGCCCAAUCCGAAGGAUGUUGAUACUUACGUUAAGUUUGAGUUUCCUUAUCCACAGGAAGACCCAUUAAAGGGAAGGACGAACCUCGUGAAAGACACUCACAGUCCUGAGUACAACUACCAGCAAACGUUCGAAAUCCAACGCAGCCAGCGCAACUGUCAACGCGUAUUCAAGCGACAUGCGCUGAAGUGUGAAGUCUUUUCGAAGGGCUGCUGCUGUCACGGUGCAUCAACUGGACUUUUCUCCUGUUUCAGUGGUUUCCUGCGCUCAGACGUGCUGAUCGGAACGGUGACGGUCAAGUUGCAGCCGCUGGAGACGCAGAUCGAAAUCCACGAUUCAUUUCCGCUAAUGGACGGGAGGCGUACGGUCGGUGGUAAGCUCGAGGUCAAAAUACGUGUCCGUAAUCCCAUCCUGACGAAGCAAAUCGAGCAGAUUAACGAACGUUGGGUGGUGCUCGAUUCAUAGACACACUUCCGGGACGACGAAUGACUUCCGUUUCGAGAUGGCGCGACACACACGCGGGACUUGAAAUCCUGAACCAAAUUACCGAACUAUGUGUACGUAUGUGUCUGUGUUUGUAUGUGUAUAUGUGUGUGUGAACCGUUCCAAGGAGGGUACUGGUAUGAAAAUGCAACAACGAAACGUUUUGUGCAACGGAUUGUGCGAAAUGUAGUUGAAUAAAUUAAAUGCGUACGCCGCUUUGGCUUUGUAUUUUGGACAGACCGUGCAAACCGAUUUCGGUCGAUGUUAGAAUGUGAUAUUCAAGGAAACCGCUCGCCCGUAGCACUGGGUCAACGCGAGAAACCAACCGUGUGCUAUAUUUGUGGGGUUUUGCCGGUAUCAAUUGAAUUGAAUACAACUACCAUCGCGUUCGCUUCUUGAAUUACUGCUUGGUAUGGGAGCUUGAAUCGCGCAUGGACAUGGCAGUACGUCACAAAGCAUAAAGUAUGUCCAUUUGGCUAAUUUGAUACUGCACGAUGGUGUUACACAGUGCAGAAGACAAUGAAACGAACACGCUUACGGUUAUCUAAUUGUUAGGUAUGAAACGAACUUCAAAGAAGAGAUACAGUGCAAACCAAAACUCGCACAUGCAAAAUGAGUCUCGUAACGCUUUUACGUUUGGGUAACAUAUAAUGAAAAAGAAACAAUACUUUGUAUUACGGUUUUUGAUUUUAGUUGAAGUGUAAAUUCAAAAUUUCAUUUAAUUCGUUACCAGAAGGUCAGCAAUACUUUUUGCUUUUAUGUAUUUAUCAGUAGAAAAAACACUAUGCGAAGGUGGAAAACUGUUAACAAUUUUCAACAUCAAAUCAAUCUGUAAUAUGCAAGAUUAAAUAAAACAUGUGAUUAAGUACCAGUU